CUACAAGUGCCACGGCUGGUAAUCGGGGGACUUUCCCGAUGAGCGGCGCAGGAACAAGCGCGGUGCUCGAGCCGCACGUGGUGGUCAAGGCAGAGGAAACUUGCCUUCUUAUUUGAGGGAUCCUGUCACAGAAAUGUGCGAGUCCUUGGAUAAAUUUGGCUUGAUGACGGCAAUGCUUCCUUCAGAGACACUGCUACUUCCUCUGUGCUCCUUUUCUGCCCUGACCUAAGUUCCUCAGUGUCAGUUCUUCUGCUAAGUCAGAGGAUUUGCCCAUUUCACACUUUCCUGCCACUAGGUCUCCUCUCAUUUCUUGUACCCCUUUUAGGAGGAACUGGGGCUAGAUGUGUAACAACUGUGGCUGAACAGGAGAUGGGGACCCCAGGAGCGAUACUCCUGGUGGUGCAGCCUUAGGUCCCGUUGGGUUCUUACCUGUGUGGUUUUGGCAGAAUUUUCGGAAGCUGAUGGGGGAUGUCUGACUAGCUCCGAUGGAGCUCCACUACCUUGAGAAGAGGAGCAGCCAGGCAGUCCUGUGUGAUGCUGUGGACUGGCAUUCAGGAGGGCUUCCUGGUGACCAGGCAGAUGCGGCAGCCAUCAAAGCUGCUCUCUGCUGCCAGAGACACUGUAUGUCGAUGCCAAGAGCAGCUGAGAUGGAAGGGUCCAAACUUAGCCCUUCUCCAGCAUCCCCCUCCUCCUCUCUACAAGACACUGUCAUUCAGACAGACUCCUUGCCACCAGGGCCUCUCAACUCAGGGAACAACCAAAUACUGGCAGGACGGAAAGUCUGCAACUGCUGCAGCCAGGAAUUAGAAACUUCUUUUACCUGUGUGGAUGAGAAUGUCAACUUAGAGCAAAGGAACCAGUGCUCCCCUCUAACAAAAGGGAGCAAUCAUCUGGGAGACCUUGGCUGGGGAAAUCCAAAUGAGUGGUCUCAUGAGGCUGCCAUAUCCUUGAUAUCUGAAGAUGAAGAUGAUGUAAGUUCGGAAGCCACAUCUUCAGGGAAGUCAGUAGACUAUGGGUUCAUCAGUGCCAUCUUGUUCUUGGUCACUGGCAUCUUGCUGGUGAUCAUCUCCUACAUUGUCCCACGGGAAGUGACUGUGGAUCCCAACACCGUGGCGGCCCGGGAGAUGGAACGCUUGGAGAGGGAGAGCGCAAGGUUGGGAGCUCACCUGGACCGCUGUGUGAUUGCAGGACUCUGCCUGCUCACACUUGGGGGGGUCGUUUUGUCCUGUUUGCUAAUGAUGUCUAUGUGGAAAGGGGAGCUAUAUCGUCGCAACAGGUUUGCCUCUUCCAAAGAGUCUGCAAAACUCUAUGGUUCUUUCAACUUCAGGAUGAAGACCUGCACGAAUGAAAAUACCCUGGAACUGUCCUUGGUAGAGGAAGAUGCUCUUGAUGGACAGAGUUAAUUCUGGUUGUGAGCCUACUGAGAGUCUGCAUUAGCAUUUUAUAUGAAAACAAACAAACAACCCACAUUUCUUAAAAUUAACAGUGCAGUUUAUUUGCUUGGCAAGAAAGGCUUAUUUCCCAAACCAACAGCCAGUGAGUGUUUUUAUUCUAGAUGUAUUUUUUAUUUAGAAGAAAAGCUAUGUAAGAUGCAUUAAGAAAUUACAACCAGCUACAUCUGUCCUUCUAAAGAACUGAGAUUAAUUCAUCUAUAAUGGCCAUCAGCUUCUACUUCACUUCUAUAGCAAAAUAUUUCUAACAACCAAUGUACAAAUGAUUUCUUUUACAUGGUAUGGGGAAUUAUUCUUUGGACAUUAGUAGGUCCUACACACAGUAGGAUCAAUUAGGUACAUAUCUUGUGAAAAAGAACUUAAGCACUAAUCACAUAUUAAAGCUUACAUUUAAUUCUCAAAGGUGCUUAUCCAUUCUCUUGCUAAAUUUUUUCUUCUUCUGAUUUGGCUGAACACUAAAAUAUAGGGUUUUGAAUUUGAAUAUUUUGAAGCUUGAGGAUGUUGAUUAUUUAAAAAAAUGCAAAAACACAUCUGUUAUAUUUAAAAUUAUUCCUGUGCUCAGAAGUGGUAACUAAGUCAUUAGCAUAAACUUUCUAGUAAAAGAAAAAUAAUAUAAAUCAUUAUAAGACCAAUCUGAAUUUAACCCAGAAUGGUAGUGCCAGAUAUUAGCCAGUGUUGCAUGCCCAUUCUCUAGAUGAAGUAAAAUUAGUUGCUUAUAUAAAUUUCAUUUUCCAUUUGUGCUUUAGCCAUCAGACUGGCUACCUAAGCUCUAGAAGUCUUUCCUGGUUCUCACACCAGAGAGGCAAAGCAUAAGACAUUUUUAAUAUAUUUCCAGACAUAUAAACCUCUAGGCAGGUCUAAGUCAUGACUGGCUCAGACACACACCCAGGUGAUGUUUUGUUGUUUGGAGAAAUACAAUUGCAAUAGAAUUGCAGCUAGACUCUUAGAGACUAUGCCUAGAAGUUGGUUUCACUUCUCUAGGCCAAGCAACAAGCCAUUGCCCCAGGAUGGCAGCAGUCCUUAAGCCCAUAGCCAAAAAAUUAGAAGAGUGACAGAGAGAAAGAGUAAACGCAGUGAUUCAGUGGGAACUGUGUCCUCACCAAAACUUACCUCCCCCUAACAGUG